AUUUUAUUGACGAUAUAGAUAUGUAGAUAACCUACCAAUUGAAGAAUUAUUGUGGCUACUAGCUAGCCAGCAUUAUAUAUCUUCACGUGUUUAUAAGUUAGGCAAAUUAAAUUGUCCAUGAUAGCUGUUGUUCUUCCCUAAUAUAGAUAGUAAAUCAAAUUAAUAUAUUGUGAUCAAUACCAACCAACCAUAUAAUAUUAUAUCUUGGUUGAAAUAUGACACAUUUGUUGAAGAAGCCACAUGUUCAUCAAUCAUUCAUCACUAAUAGUGCAAUAUUCUCUCAUUCAUAUAAAUGGAUGCAAAAUAUUUCUCACAACAAUAGUACUAAUUCGUUCUUGAAAUCUUCUUUAGGUAAAAAGGUUUGUGUAAGAAGGUGUGGUUCUAGUUGUAUAAGAGUAGUGAUGGCAAAAGGAAGCAGCAGUGAUACCAAAUCUCAUCAUAAUGUAAAAGCUUUAGUGAGUGUGAAGGAAAGUGAUGGUGGCCUCAUCAAGAAUAUUGUCACUGGUAUUGUUGGUAACAAACAUUUAAUUUUGGAGUUAGUCAGUGCUGAGCUUGAUCCAAAAGCAAACUCCAAGGGAGAGACAAUAAAAGGAACCGCACACGAAACUGAGAAAAAAGAAAACGAGGUGCAAUAUGAGGCAACAUUUGAGGUACCAGUAGAUUUUGGAAAUGUGGGUGCUGUUUUGGUUGAGAAUGAGCAUGACAAAGAGAUAUUUCUAAAGAACAUAGUCCUUGAUGGUUUCCCUGAUGGCCCUGUCCACCUUACUUGUCAAUCAUGGAUUCAGCCUAAGCAUGAUACUCCUACAAAGAGAGUUUUCUUCACUAACAAGAUGUAUUUACCAUCACAAACACCAAGUGGAUUAAGAAAGCUGAGAGAAGAUGAGCUAAUAGAAUUAAGAGGAAAUGGAGAAGGAGAGCGUAAGAAAUCAGACAGAAUCUAUGAUUAUGAUGUCUACAAUGAUCUUGGAGAUCCUGACAUAACCACUGACCUCAAAAGACCUGUUCUUGGUGGCACCAAACAAUAUCCAUAUCCUAGACGCUGUCGCACCGGUCGAAAGCAUUCUGAUACAGACCCACUAUAUGAAGAAAGGAGUACUUUAGACUUCUAUGUUCCUCGUGACGAGGCAUUUGCUGAAACAAAGCAGACACAAUUCAAUACUUCUGCCGUAUCUUUAGGCUUGACUACAAUUAUUCAAUCCUUAGACGCAAUAGUCACUGAUAUAAAUCUUGGGUUUGCUAACUUUGAAGACAUAGAAGCAAUUUACAAAGAAGGAUUUCAGUUACCAAAUCUUGAAUCCAAUGACUCAAAUUUUCUCCAAAAACUCAUUCCGAAGUUUUUUAAGCAUGCUAACGAUAGCCAAAAUGUUGUGCGCUUUGAUACCCCGGAACCAUACAAGAGGGAUAGAUUCUUUUGGUUUUCAGAUGUGGAGUUUGCCAGAGAGACUUUGGCUGGUGCCAACCCAUAUAGCAUCCAAUUGGUUAAGGAAUGGCCUUUGAAAAGUAAAUUAGAUCCCCAAAUCUAUGGUUCACCAGAAUCAGCAAUUACUAGAGAGAUCAUUGAGUCACAAAUGACAAAUUAUAGCACAGUUGAAGAGGCUAUUAAAGAGAAGAAGUUGUUCAUGCUAGACUAUCAUGAUUUUUACUUACCAUAUGUAAGCAAAGUGAGAGAGAUUGAGGGAACAACAUUGUAUGGAUCAAGAACACUAUUCUUCCUCACUAGUGAAGGCAUUUUGAAGCCACUAGCUAUUGAGCUUACUAGACCACCUAUUGAUGGCAAGUCACAGUGGAAGCAAGUCUUCACACCUAAUUCUGAUUCCACCAAUAUCUGGCUUUGGAGGCUUGCCAAAGCUCAUGUUCUUGUUCAUGAUUCUGGUCAUCAUGAACUUAUAAGCCAUUGGCUAAGAACUCAUUGUGUUGUCGAACCUAUUAUAAUUGCAACACACAGACAACUCAGUUCCAUACAUCCAAUAUUUAGAUUAUUGCAUCCACAUCUGAGAUAUACCAUGGAAAUCAAUAAAGUUGCGCGUGAAGUACUCAUUAAUGCAAGUGGGCUCCUUGAAAUAUCAUUCUUUUCGAAAAAGUAUACCAUGGAGUUAAGCUCUGUGGCAUAUGAUAAGCUUUGGCAAUUUGAUUUGCAAGCACUUCCAAAUGAUCUUAUCAAUAGAGGAAUGGCUGUGGAAGAUCCUAAUGCACAACAUGGAGUGAAGCUAAUAAUUGAAGACUACCCUUUUGCCAAUGAUGGUCUUCUAAUAUGGGAUGCAAUUAAACAAUGGGUCACAGAAUAUGUCAAUCAUUACUAUCCAAGCUCAGAGACUAUAGAAUCUGAUCAAGAGCUCCAAGCAUGGUGGACAGAAAUUCGAACAGUGGGACAUGCGGACAAAUCUGAAGAACCAUGGUGGCCAAAUCUCAAAACACAAAAUGAUCUUAUUAACAUCAUUACCACUAUAGCUUGGACAGCAUCUGCUCAUCAUUCAGCUGUGAACUUUACACAAUAUGCUUAUAUAGGCUUUUUCCCUAAUAGACCAACCAUUGCUAGAAAGAAAAUGCCUACAGAAGACCCUACUAAGGAAGAAUGGGAAAAAUUUAUGAACCAUCCAGAGCAAACACUUUUGGAAUGUUUUCCAUCACAAAUUCAAGCAACCUUAUUUAUGAUUGUUAUGAGCAUAUUAUCGGAACAUUCACCCGAUGAAGAGUACAUUGGACAAAAAAUAGAGCCAUCUUGGGGUGAGAAUUCAACUAUAAAGGCAGCUUUUGAAAAGUUACAAAGGAGAUUGAAUGAAAUUGAAGGUAUUAUAGACUCAAGGAAUGAAGAUAGGAAUAUGAAGAAUAGACAUGGAGCUGGUAUUGUGCCUUAUGAGUCCUUAAAGCCAUUUUCAGGGCCUGGAGUCACUGGAAAAGGAGUCCCAUACAGCAUAUCCAUUUAAACCUAGUGUGGUACUUUAAGCUUGAAUAGUAGUACAAGAGUUCAUCAUAUCUUAAGCUACAUUUUCUAUGUGGUAGAUUUGUAUUGCACUAUAAUAAAUUCAUAUCAAUAAUUCACUUUGUUCAUUUGAUAAAGAAUAAAGGUUCAAGUUAUAUACA